AUGAGUACGCUCGAAAUUGACCAAAAAUAUAACGUUCGUCCUUUCGUGGAUGUCCAUGAAACAAAGCUCAAGAACGAAAUUCCAAUUGUUAGGCUGGAUGCUGUUGAUCUGAGCCAAUAUGUUAGUGGCCCAGAAGGCUACGCUUCAAGGGUUGAAUUGGCCAAAGUACUGGAAGCUUCAAUCACUACAUAUGGGUUCUUUAAUUUGGUGAAUUUUGGGUACGAUCUCGAAAAGAUCGAGCAUCUCAGGGCGGUUGCACAGAGUCUCCUCCAAUUGCCUUCUGAAGAGAAAGGCAAGUACCUAGCUUCAACCUGGAGAAAAGAGGAUGAGCCGCCAAUAGACGAAAAUUUCCUUGGGGGUGAAAGAGGUCAGGGAUUCAAGCCUAAAGGCUAUUGGCCGAUAAGUGAAGGUGUCAGGGAUUCCAUCACUCACUACAACUUUAAGCAUCUACUACAGGAAGAUUACUUCCUUUCCCAUUUGGACCAGCACCCGGAGUUAGUGAGAGCUCAUGCCCAUGAGAUCCUAGCUUGGUACCAGUUCAUUCACAACGAUAUUCUUCUCAAAAUCAGCAAUCUGUGCGACAUAAUUCUCGGUCUCCAAGAGGGAACUAUCUGGGAGCGCGUCUUUAAGUCUGAUUCGCAGGACGAAAAGAAGUCUGCCGGUGGGCAUGCUAGGUUCAUGCUUUAUGAGCCGUAUGAUGACGAAAACUCUUUGAAGUCCAACCAGACCUGGCUGAGAGGUCAUUCAGACAUCAGUGGCUUCAGUUUCAUCACUUCGCAACCAAUGCUCACCCUGCAGAUCAAAGACUAUUUUGAUGGAGAGUGGAAGUACGUUGACCACAGACCUGGUUCAUUGAUUGUGAAUAUCGGUGACGCCAUGGAGUUUAUUUCGGGCGGCUACUUCAAAGCUUGUUUGCAUCGUGUUGUGGAGCCCCCUCAGGAUCAAAAGAGGCACGAUCGUAUAGUAUUGAUCUACUUCUGCAAUCCUAAGGACGGCACUCCCCUCAACCCAGAUUUCUAUGAGUCCAGUAAGCUCAAGAGUCUGGGCUACUCCAAAGCUGACAAGCUAAAGAACUGGGAGGAUAUUACUUUUGCAGACUGGAACACAGCUAAGGGCCAGACACUUGGAAGAAAGAAUGUCGGAGAACGGAACCAGAUUAUUGUCUAUGGUCGUAAUCUUGAAAGAUGGCACCAUUUCGAGGCAGCUGCUGUUAAUUGA